AUGGUGAGCACUGACAGCUGCGAGCCGUUUCGCUUCUUAGAUCUUCCUGCUGAGUUAAGACUCAUGGUGUACGAAAAUUUCCAGCCUUAUGUCGGGUAUGAAGGACUAGGAAAUCAGGGAAACAAUUCCGGAGCUCUACUUGUCGUCCAAAGGCCCAACAACGCUAUCCUGGAAACCUGCAAAGGUGUUCACACGGAGGCGAAAAAGAUUCUACACGCCACGGCAAAGGAGUAUCAUUUCGACGGAAUCACAAGGAUUAUAAUCGGUACGCGCACAACUAAAACAGGAGAAGACCCCGUGGAGCUCCUCGCUCGGUUCAUCAUUGCAGUUACGGACCAGUCAAGCGCGCCGGAAGUUUUGCUAGCCAACCGUGACAUACCGAUCAAUUUGCACCGUCACAUAGACCGUGUGAGAAAAAACCACGCAGGAACUUGGUUCAUCCACUUCGCUGUUUUCUGCGUCAGCAUGGAGCCAGACUUGGAGAUCGACGCAGCCGAACUCGCUGGGCCCCAAUCUCAGUGGGACAAACUAUUUGAACUGGCCGAAUUGAAGCCUGGAAUGAAGACGUGGGUUAUUAGUAUUGGUGGUCCUGUGCGAAUACCAGAACAUGAGAGCCCUCUGGACCCAGCUAUUUAUAGCAAAGUGAAAGAGCCGCUCGAGAGCGACUGGGCUGAGAAAUGGACAGGCGAUGGAUCCGGCUUCCGCCUUGACCCAUCCUCGUUCCGACUUGGGCAGUAA